GUGCGAGUGAAGACCAUCUCCCCUGGCCACCGUCCAGAAGAUGCGGCUCAUCCGCAACACUCUGCUGCGGCUGGACCCUUCGCCCGCCCAGUACCGCCAGCUGGUCAAGACGGCGCUCGCCUCCCUCAGGCGCAUCCACGAGGCGGGGCUGGUGCACGGCGACUCGAAUGGCGGGAACGUGCUGGUGGUGUGGGAGGGGGGAGGGGCCGUGUUGGAGGGGCGGUUUGGGGUGAGCUGGCUUGACUUUGAGAUGGUGCACACCAUCGCCGAGGCCGAGGAGCCCAUCCCCCUGCCCUCCUCGGUCCACCACAUCGACCCCCCACCGCCCCCUCCCCCGCACUACGAUCCCGCAGCGGCCCUCCGCGUCACCAACACCCUAAUCGACACCAUCGCGGCCGCCACCAGCAGCAGCAGCAGCAGCGACACGCCACCUGCAAUCCCCCACCCACCACCUCUCAGCAGCAGCACCACGGCCCCUUUAGCCGCUCGGCCGAUGUAUAUUCGGUCUGCUCGGUGGCGGCUGUGGUGCUCCUGCCUUGGAUGGAUCCGGAGGCUUCAGCCAGCGCUUCUUCCGCCAGGAUCCAUACGAGUCGCUCUACGACGAGAACUUUGCCGUCCCGGCGAGGGAGGGGGCGGAUGCCAUGCGGACGGUGCUGCGGGGGGAGGCCUCGAUGAGGGCCGACCUCGUGGCCGAGUGCAGCGCCAUGGUGACAAAAGAGGUUGCCAAGGAGAGAUAUGACUGGCUGCAGGGCUGCGUAGAGAGGCGCCUGGCGUGGGAGGCGGAGAGGGGGGCGGAGAAGGACGACGAGGCCAUGGCUGACAUCAAUAUGGCGCUGACGUUGAUAAGGGAGGGCAUGGCGCCAAAUGAGGGCGAGAGGAACUCCCUUGACAAACUUCUCAGGUACCCACAUAUGGGAGAGAGGGGACACAAGACGCAAGCGCAUGGAAGGAGACAUGCGACCAAUUAUGCCUGUCUGCCUAUCGGUGUGCUGGUGCAGCAUCCUGUGAAGGAGGACGUGUCGGGCCACGUAUGGGGCCAUGGGGGGAGGAGAGAGUGGCGGGUAUGCAACAGAACAAGUGACCGCGGAGGGCCUGGAUGAGGUGUCUGCGCGUGUGAGCAAGUUCCUGCAAGGAGGUGGGUGACGGUCCGAGCCCAAGAUGACAGCUUGGAGGGACAGUUGCGUCACCUCAGAGUCCGAUGAGGUGGUGUGCGCCUGGCGCAGAGCCGCCGCGAAGUCCAUGAGCCAGCGGUGCACAUGUAUGGAUGGGUGCAGUCAUCGCACUCAUUCCCCCCCUUCUCUGUGUCUAUCUGUUUGUCUGUGUGCAGCUGAGCGCCAAGCCCGCCAAGCCGAGGCCGACCAGCGCCUGGAGGAGAUGCUGCGGGUCGAGGACGAUGUCGACGAGGCUGACUUGGAGGACGACAUGGUCCCCGACACCGACUGGCGCCCGCCCUGCAUCCUCCGCUACGAGGCCGAGGAGGCCGCUCGCCGGCAGAAGGAGGAGGAUCAUCCCAAUCGGUGCCUACAUUUUAUAUUCGUCAGACCCAUUUACGAGGAGCAACGCCCGGUGAGGAGAAGAGAAUGCUGCCGACAUCGUCGACAGAGACGGCAUGGGCUCUAUCAGGAGGUAAUCACUGGGUGGUCUUUCACUCCUCUCACAAUGAAAUUUUUGUUGUGCUGUCCUGUGCUGUUUUGUCAAAUGUAUCUGUGUGUUCAGCAUUUGGCGUCCCCACGAGAAGAAGCGGUGCCUCGUCUGCGGCGUACGCGCACACGACCAGGUGGGUGGACUUCGAGAUGGUGCACACCAUCGCCGAGGCCGAAGAGCCCAUCCCCCUGCCGUCCUCCAUCGACCACAUCGACCCGCCGCCGCCCCUCCCCCCCACUAUGACCCCGCGGCCGCCCUGCGGGUCGUGGCCACGAUGGUCGACGCCGUCGCCAAGGACAGCAGCGCCGCGCCCACAACCACAGCCCAGCAGCACCACCACGGCCCCUUCAGCCGGUCGGCCGACGUGUAUUCGGUCUGCUCGGUGGCGGCUGUGGUGCUGCUUGGGCCUUCGAUGGAUGCAGACGGCGGCCGGCGCAACCUGCAGCUCUACCACGACGGCCGGCACUUCUUCCGCGAGUCGUCCUGUGAGCCCCUCUACGACGCGCACUUCGCCGGACCGGCGAGAGAGGGGGCGGACUUCAUGUGGGCGGCUCUGCGGAGGGAGCCGGCCGUCAGAGAGCAGCUGGUCACCGACUGCAGCCGCGUGGUGACCAUGGAGGCCGCACCGGAGCGGUACGUUUGGCUGCUCGGCUGUGUGGAGAAGCGCUUGGAGUGA